AUGGCUGUUUCGCUGAAAUCGCGGUGCCUCGGGGCUAUCUGGGGUACCUGUGUUGCGGACGCCCUAGGGGGACCAGUCCAGUUCCAGGAACCGGGUACUUUCGAGCAGAUUAAGGAGCUCGAAUUUGUCAGUCCGUUUAGGAAGCCUGCUGGAUCCUACUCCGACGAUGGAUCCAUGACUCUCGCCCUGGCGCAGUCAAUCGUGGACACAGACGGAAAAUACAACCACGCCCUCUCAAUUAAGUAUUAUGUCCAGUGGAUCGAGACAGGUCGAUUCAGCACAACAGACAAAGCCUGGGACGUGGGCGGCUCAACGCGAAGAUCACUCAAGGUCUGGAAGCAGCAGGGUGUCGACAAUCUCCAGGGCACACAAGAGAAGGUCAACUCCCAGCUGAACAGGGACGAGUUCUCAGGGAACGGCAGCUUAAUGCGAAUCGCCCCAAUCGGCGUGGCGUUCUGGAAAGAUCCCGAGUAUGCACGCAAAGUCGCCAGAGCCCAGAGCACCAUCACACACCCAGCACUAGCCUGUCCAGAAGCCUGUGACGCGUUUACAGAGUUAAUUUGUCGCGCGAUGAGGGGACAAACCAAGGAGCAGCUCUGCACGGCGUUUUCCCGAAUGAAAUUCACGCAUCCCGCCCUGAAAAACCGUAUGGCAAAUUACGUUACCAUCAAGGAUUGGAAGGCGAAGACCGCUGGGCAUAUAACUAGUUCGGGGUGGGUGGUUCAUACCCUGGAGGUGGCCCUUUGGGGGUUCUUCAGGUAUGACAGCUGGGAGAAGGGUGCUCUGGCUGUUGUGAAUCGUGGUGGAGAUUCGGAUACGGCGGGUGCUGUUUAUGGAGCUCUCGCGGGUGUAUUUUAUGGCGUGGAUUCUAUUCCACAGAGGUGGGUUGAUGGGAUGCAGAAUGCGAAGCUGAUUUAUGAGACUGCGAGGUUGUUUAGUGAGGCUGUGAUUGCAAAUGAAAGUGGAUGA